GGAGACUCUGGUCUCGGCCCCAGAACCCUCGCCGCUGGCCUUAGGAGCUGCGACCCUCCUCUGCUCGCCGACUCCCUCCGGAGCCGAGCGGAGCGCAUCUCCCGCGCCCAGGUCCGCGCGCCCCAGCUCCGAGGCGCCGCCUUCGGCUGCUGCUCCGAAAGCUCCCUGCCCGCCCUGCGCCCUCGCCCCGUAUCGGAGCCCCGGACGAGCCGGACGCCCUCGGUCGGGGCUUGUCCCCCGGAACAUGACCUAGAGGCACCUGCACACGCCGGGGCCGCUGCUGCCACGAGGGCCACCAUGAGCGCGGCGGCCGGCGGGGACGAGCUCGCGGGACUCGCCCAGCGCAUCCCGCACCUUCUGCGGGAGGCCAACGCGAGCGCCAACGCGUCGCUGCCGCGCCAGGAUCCGUGGUGGGAGCUGGGGCUGGAGUCGCCCGAAGGCGCGGCGCCCGGGCACCCCCCGGGGGGCGGCGGCGGGGCCGGGCGCGCGGACGCCGAGGCCCGGGUGCGCGUCCUGCUGAGCGCGGCGUACUGGGUGGUGUGCGCGCUGGGGCUGGCGGGCAACCUGCUGGUGCUCUACCUGAUGCGGAGCCGGCGGGGCUGGCGCCAGUCCUCCAUCAACCUCUUCGUCACCCACCUGGCGCUGACCGACCUCCAGUUCGUGCUCACCCUGCCCUUCUGGGCGGUGGAGAACGCGCUGGACUUCAGGUGGCCCUUCGGCCAGGCCAUGUGUAAGCUCGUGUCCCUCGCGACGUCCGUGAACAUGUACGCCAGCGUCUUCUUCCUCACCUCCAUGAGCGUGGCGCGCUACCGCUCCGUGGCCUCGGCCCUCCGGAGCCACGGGGGCCGGAGCCGAGGCCCCGGCCGGCGCUGCUUCUCGGCCCAGGCGCUGUGCGCGCUGAUCUGGGCCGCGGCAGUGCUGGCCUCGCUGCCCAACGCCCUGUUCGCCACCACCGUCCGGGUGCUGGGCGAGGAGCUGUGCCUGGUGCGCUUCCCCGACCGGGCGCCGGGCGGCGGCCGGCAGUUCUGGCUGGGCCUCUACCACCUGCAGAAGGUGCUGCUGGGCUUCCUGCUGCCGCUGGGCGUCACCAGCCUGUGCUACCUGCUGCUGGUGCGCUUCCUCUCCGGCCGCCGCGUGGCGGGGACCCCGGGAGGGGCCCCGGCGGCCGGGGGCGGCCUGGCAGCCGCCAGCGCCCGGAGACGGUCCAAGGUCACCAGGUCGGUGAGCCUCCUGGUCCUCGCCUUCUUCCUGUGCUGGCUGCCCAACCAGGCGCUCACGGCCUGGGGCGUCCUCAUCAAGCUGGACGCCGUGCCCUUCAGCCGGGGCUACUUCCUGUGCCAGGUGUACGCCUUCCCGGUGAGCGUGUGCCUGGCGCACGCCAACAGCUGCCUCAACCCCGUGCUCUACUGCCUGGCGCGCCGCGAGUUCCGCCAGGCGCUCAAGGCCUGGCUGUGGCGCCUGGCGUCGCCGUCGCUCACCAGCACGCGCCCCUUCACCGCCACCUCCAAGCCGGAGCCCGAGGACCCGGCGCUGCCCACCCUGGCGCCCCUCCGUCCCCUCGCGGAGCCCGACCUGCGCUCCUACCCGCCGGGGGUGGUGGUCUACAGCGGCGGGCGCUACGACCCGCUGCCCAGCAGCUCUGCCUGCUGA